AUGGUGCUUCAAUGGCGCACUGGUUCCUCAGUACCCCUGAAAACCAUCAUCUUCUUCGUCGUUUGCAUCCUCCUAUACGCCAGCCAGCAUCCUGCUCUUGACCGGUUCGACCACCGCAUAUCAGGUACCGAUUUGUCCUUGCAGCUGCCCAAGAACAGCGUCGAUUUUGGUGGAAACCAGAGCGACAACCACGCCUUGAACACGUCGGAUGCCACGCGCAAGUUUUGUCAACACCAUGGCUACUCCGUCUUCACUCCACAGCCGGGCGGCGGGCAGCGCAAAGUCUACGACCUGUUCAUGGUCAACACGGAGUUGGAUUGGCUCGAGAUACGCCUGAACACGACCUACCACCACGUCGAUUACUUCAUUAUUGUCGAAUCGCCAAAGACAUUCACCGGCAAGCCGAAACCUCUUACUAUCAAAGAGAACUGGGAUCGAUUUAAGCCUUACCACGACAAGCUCAUCUACCAUGAGCUCGAGUUCCCCUCCUCGUUCAAUCCGACGCGGUCUUGGGACUACGAAGACCUCCAACGUAACGCCAUGUUCAGCCAAGUCUUCCCCAAGCUCAUCGGCGAACAGGCCCCCGUGUACGGAGACGUGAUACUCGUGGCCGACGUCGACGAGAUCGCUCGACCCGAGACGUUACUCGUGCUGAGAACAUGCCAAUUCCCUCGAAGACUCACGUUGCGUAGCCGAUUCUACUACUAUAGCUUCCAGUUUCUCCAUAAAGGUCCCGAAUGGGAGCAUCCGCAAGCGACAUACUUCCAGGGCUCGCGGACGAUACUGCCGGCAAACCUCCGGAUGGGUAACGGAGGCUUCAAGCCUAUAUCAGCUCUGGACAAGGCAGACCUCGGCAAUGCGUGUUGGCAUUGCUCCAGCUGCUUCGCAACGAUGGACGAGUUUCUGACCAAGAUGUCGUCCUUCUCGCAUGAGUGGAUGAACGGCGAGAGGUUCCGAGACAAGAACCGCAUUGCGGAGGCCAUCAGGAAUGGCAAGGACCUGUGGGGCCGAGCCGUUGACCAGUUCGAGCGUCUGGAGAACAACACGGACGUACCGAGCAUGUUGCUGGACGAACCCAAGAGAUUCGGGUAUAUGCUGAAUCGAGAUGGUCCUUCGGCCGGCUUUGUUGAUUACCCAUGA